AUGUUAGUACGUCAGGUUUGCGUUGCUCUGGCGAUCGCGGCUCUUUCUGGAGCCGUCCCUGCGCCAGUGAAGCAUGUCUUGCAUGAGAAGAGAAGCGAACAUGUGGAUUGGGUGAAAGGUGAGCGCAUUAAGCGCGAUUCCGUGCUACCUGUGCGCAUUGGUCUUACUCAGAAUAACUUGGAGAAGGGGGGAUGA